UUAAUUUUUAGAACCUAUUCUAUUAUUUUUAAAAAAAUUUUAAAUAUGUCUUCAAAAUCAAACCGUUCAAAGGACCAACGAGAACAAGCGAUUCAUGUCGAUGCUUCUACAGAUGAGACAAAUGCUAAUUCGACUUCUUCAACUUCUCUGAAUGCCCAUCUAAUUGAAGUGCGGGUAAACGAAGAGGUUGUUGAGCGCAAGGAGAAGGAAAGUCUGGCUACAAUUUAUAAAGUUGAAAUUGAAGAGCUGCGCAAGCAGCUUGAAUAUUCAACACGUGACAAGGCUAAAUAUUUAGAUUAUCUUUUAAAGUUACGAAUUUACUAUCUUUUAAGGUUACAAAUUGAGCACGACAUGGCAACCAGUGGCUAUGAAGAACUCAAGUCUCGUAUUCCACAUCUGGAGCAAGAAUUUAAGAAGGCGAAAAAGGGCACCCCAAAUACCGGGAUGCUUCUGCUCGUGCUCGUGAAGAGGCGACUUCUCUUGCUGUUCAAAAUCGUGAAUAUGAACGUACAACAAAAGACCAUCAAGGGAUUGUUGAUGUGCUUACUCGUCGUUGAAGAAACUCUUCGUAGAGCGCAUGAAGAUGCCGAAAUUCAGCUUCAACAACGGGACGAGAAAAUUGCUCAAUUAAAAGAUGAAAUUCAACGUCUAUCAUUCAAGUAUCAGGAUUUGCUUGAUUUAAAAGUUAAACUGGACACUGAAUUGAAUGAGUUUCAUCGAAUUUGUGAUCAGGAAGAUGCUCGGUCAGGUAUCACUCCAUUAGGGACUCCAAAUACUGCAACAACCUCUAAUCUGAGUGCUCCAUUGUCAUCUACACGUGUUGUCCUUCGAUCUUCAACUUCUGUAUUCAAUGGAAACGGCAGUGGUGACGAUUCUAUGAUUGGAUCUCAACGUGGAACAAAGCGUCGUCUGAACCAGGAGGAUCUUGUUAGCAUUGGUCAAUCGACUCAAAAGUGGACUUCUUCUGGCGAUGCAGCUGUUGACGUGAUCAUCGAUGAACAUGACACUGAUGGUAAAUUCAUUCGGCUUUACAAUAAGGGAGAUGAAACUAUCUCUGUUGGCAAUUGGGUAGUUCGAUCAACAGCUGGAGGAAUUGAGACUACUUUUAAGUUUCCUUCGCGUGCAAAGAUUUUGCCAGGAAAACAUGCUACGAUUUGGUCUAGCAAUGCGAAUGCUGAACACCAGCCGCCAAACAGUUAUGUCAUGAAAAACCCUGUUUGGCCACAUGGUCGCUGCAUUUGUACGGAACUUUUGAAUCCUGAUCUUAAAGUUUAUGCUUGGCGUAAAUCAGUUCUAGGAAUUCAAAAUGGAUCUGAUGCUGACAAGAAUUGCAUUAUCAUGUAA